AUGGUCAAAGAAACGGCAUACUACGACGCCCUGGGUGUAACACCCACAGCCACUGAAAUCGAGAUCAAAAAGGCCUACCGGAAACAAGCCAUCAAACUCCACCCGGACAAGAACCCGGACGACCCGACCGCACAUGAAAAGUUCCAGGCGGUGGGAGAAGCAUACCAAGUCCUCAGCAACAACGACCUACGAAAGCAAUAUGACCAAUUCGGCAAGGAAGGCGCGAAGCCAGACUCCGGUUUCGAGGACCCGGCCGAGUUCUUCACCAUGAUCUUCGGUGGGGAGGCGUUUACAGACUGGAUUGGCGAGAUCAGCAUGAUGAAGGACUUGACCAAGAGUAUGGAGAUUAGCAUGCGGGAGAUGGAGGAGCAGGAUCUGACUGCUGCCGAGGCGGCGGCGAAUGCGGAGACUAACGCUGCUGAGCAGACGGCGCAGUCGACGACGGGCGUGCCGCCUCCACCAACUUUUGCUGAGGCGGUGCCAGAGAAGUAUGGGGCUGCUGCUGGUGGGAGUACCACUACCGAGAUACCGGUGCGGGAGAAGGAUACAGCACCCUCGUCCGGCACAUCCACUCCUCGACCACAAGGCGUCUCAACACGGCUAGCCAUCACCGAUAAGACGGAAGAAGAAGCCGCGCAGAUGGCCGCCGGCAUGACGGAAGACGAGAAGAAGUUGCGUGAAAAGGAAAAGAAAAAAGGCGGUCUCACAAAGGAGCAGCGAGAAGAACUCGCCGCCUUCGAGCUGGAACGCAAAAAAGUCAGAGAUGAACGCGUGGAGGCCUUGUCCAAGAAACUCAUCGACCGCGUCUCCGUCUGGACCGAAACGGACAAAGGCGCCGACGUCACUGCGGCAUUCCGAGAGAAGAUGCGGCUGGAAGUGGAGAACCUCAAAAUGGAAUCCUUCGGCAUCGAAAUCAUGCAUGCGAUCGGCCAGACCUACCUCACCAAAGCCACCACCUUCCUCAAAUCCCAGAAACCGAUUAUCGGCGGCGUGUCCGGCUUCUUCUCCCGCCUGAAGGAUAAGGGGAAUACGAUCAAAGAUACCUGGGGUACUGUCUCCACCGCCAUCAGCGCGCAGAUGGAGAUUGAGGAGAUGGCGAAGAUGGAGGAGAAGGGCGGGGAGGAUUGGACGGAUGAGAAGCGGGCGGAGUAUGAGAAGAGGGUGACUGGGAAAAUUCUGGCGGCGGCGUGGAGGGGCAGUAAGUUUGAGAUUCAGAGUGUUUUGAGGGAGGUGUGCGAUGGGGUGUUGUAUGAUAAGAGGGUGAAGAUGGAGAAGCGGAUGGAGAGGGCGCAGGCGCUGGUUAUUGUCGGGGAGAUAUUCGCGAAGGCCGAGCGCGACCCAGAGGAAGAAGGCGAUUACAUGGCCUUCGAACAACUCAUGGCCGAAGCGACGGCCAAACGGGAAAAGAAAGACGACAGUCAUAAGGAGAAAGAGAAAAGGAAGGAAAAGGAGAAGGCGGAGAAGGCGGAGAAGAGGCAUCAUUUCGGCGGUGGCGGGCAUGAGCAUUCUUCGCCUUCGACCGCAGACGAGAAGACGGCGGCGCAUUCGGGACUCUAG